AUGCCUCCCACUCAUUCCCCUGACCCUCAGUAUUCUCAGUACCUAGCGAACAUGUUAGCCUCAUGCCGCAACAAAAUAGCUCGCUUUACUGAGGAGCUCGUUUCGACCUACAAGCGGCGACAUUGCACAGCUGCUAUGCUUACCUUCGAACGGAUUCAGCUCCAUCAAGACGGUUACGCUACAACGCCACCGUCUGCCGAUGUUGCUUGUAAUGAGCCAAUGGAAAUCCAGGUGACACGAGCAGCAAUCGAAAAUAUGGUGCAGGAUCUGAGAUUUCUAGAAAACUGGCGUGAAUACAUUGCACGGCAGAUGUACGAGAUGAAGGCGGCAGAAUUAAACCUCAUGGUGGAUAUCAAAGCGGAUAACGACUUGCUCGAGAGGAACAGUGCCUUCGUGAAGUUGGAUGCUGGUGGGAUCCUGACAGGGAUUUCAUCCACGGAAUAUCUCUCGACUACCGUUUUGUUUGGCCACUCGGUGAAUACUGGCUCAUCCGCUAGUGAGUAA